AUGCAAAGUAUGCGAUGUUCCCUGAACAUCCCCCUCCCAUCGCCUCCACUUCCCCCUCCCGUCGCCUCAUCUUCCCCAUCCCGUCGCCUCAUCUUCCCCCUCACGUCACCUCAACUUCCCCCUCCCGUCGCCUCCACUUCCCCCUCCCGUCGCCUCCACUUCCCCCUCCCGUCGCCUCCACUCCCCCCUCCCGUCGCCUCCACUUCCCCCUCCCGUCGCCUCCACUUCCCGUGUGAGGGGUGUAGCAAACUUUCUCUCCUUCCAUCCCCCCUUUCCAUCCUCCCCCCCCCACUCUCCCCCUCUCGCCCCUCCUCCCCACCCAGGCGAGUGGCGAUCUGGCGGCACUUGCGCGUGUUUUACGCACAUGUGGCAAUGAGCGAGGCCCCCUCUCCCUCUACCCCACACUCUUGCUUCCUCACCCGGGCUCCCCCUCACUCUUUGCACGCUGCUCUCUUCUUCCCACCCAAUUUCUUCCAAUCGUUCUCUCAGAAAAUCAUUUCCGUCAUUGCAAGCACCGACAAGAACAAGCCACCAAGUCCCUCAGAGGAGGAACUAUACGGGGAGAAGAUACUUUCAGUUGACAGCCUGACCUCAGACUUCUAUUCUAUGCUCUCAUCUCACCUUUCCAUUCUCCCCUCCCUCCGUUCUUUAACUCUAUCCCCUUCCACCUCCUCCCCCUUCUCUGUUUGUUGUGCGCUGACUUCUUCUGCCACACCUGGUUCCAUGAGGUGCGGUUGGUGGGAGGCAUAG